AUGGUGCAUCCUUACGAUGGUAACGUGAUUCAUAGUUUUGCUGAUACGGACGAUGCACUCAACUACGCGGAGCAUUUGUAUCUCAACGGUGAUGAUGUUUCCAAAUACAGGGCUUUUUGCAAUGAUACAAGAAUGAGCUUGGAAGGCUUUGAUAUUUCACGAGAGGGAAAAGCCAAGAGAUGGAAGUGCUCCAAUGCCCCGUUAGGAACUCAUUUUACUCAGAGACGUACAGUCGAGAAUGGUACGUUUUUCUCUAAGUGGAGCCAAGUAGCAUGUGAGUUCAACAACUCUAUCCAAGAAGUUCCACAUCGUGCGUUACCAAAGCCAUGGAAAUACACAAAAUCCAAAAGAGCAGAUCGUGGAUUUAAUCACAAAUCAUGUAAAAGGUUGGCCAAGUCUUUUGGUUUGGACGCGGUUGAUAAAGUUAAAUUCAAUAAUGAUAAGGAAGGGGUGUCAUGUGCAAGUAAGCUCAAUGAAUUUGCUUCUGCAUCUAUACGAGUGCCAAUGUUUUACUCAAAACAACAAACUCAGAGGUGUGUUCGGAAAUAUUAUGGCAAACAUGGAUGCAAAUGUGGCCAUUGGUCGAAAAUCAAGUAUGGAGAAUUUCCAAUCAAGAAUAAACGCCCUGAGUAUCUUUGUCUGUCUCAAAAGAAUUCAUGCAAGUAG